UGGAGCGGAUCGGAAGGAAGGAGGAGGAAGAGGAGGAGGAGGAGGAUGAGUUCCGGAUUCUGCAGCAGAGGGAGCAAGAGGAGACUGGUUUCUCUCUCAACAAGUGCAUCCUAGGAGCUGUCAUACUGCUGGGCCUCGGAACCAUCUUCUUCUCAGGUGUCUUCAUGGACCUGGAUGGUGAGGGGGACUAUGAUGCCAGGGAGCUGAGAGAAACAGAGGUGGUGGGAAAACAGGAAUGGCUGAAUCCUGAGGUUCCUCUUCCUCUUGACAGUACAGACCAACUGAAUAAACUGGCUAAAGAAGACCCACGGAUAGCUGUACUGCAAGCCCAACUCAUGGCACAGAAAGAGGAGCUAAAAGUAGCCCAGAAGGAGGCGGAGGAUGGAGGGAAGGAGAGAAAGAAGAGAGAGGAGGUGGAGAAGGAGCACGGUAGGCUGAAGAAAGAGAUGACRUCGCUCCCUGUCCUUCAGAAGGAGAACGAGAGGAUGAAGAGAGAGCUGGAGUCUGUUCCUGUCUUACAGAAGGAUCUAGAGACACUCAGAGCCACAGUGACUGAACUAAAACACAGCACAGCCAAAGAAGCAGCAUCACCUCCAGUCUCUGCCUCUGUCCCGCCCCCCUCUGGCCAAGCUGGGGAUGACAGCCAGAACGCAGCUGGAACGAUAGAGAGGGAGGGCAAGAAACCAGGGAAGGGAGAGAAAACAGAUCAAAAAGAGUUGAAGGAAGAGAAAACGGAUUGGAAUAAAGGAGGGAAGACAGAUUGGAAUAAGGGAGGGAAGACGGAUUGGAAUAAGGGAGGGAAGAAGGAUUGUGAGGUAGAAAAAGAGUGGAGAAGUGGAAAAUAUGACCAGGAGAAAGAAGGAAAAGAGGAGAAAGAGUGGAAGAAGAAAGAAGACAAGAAGGGAGAAUGGAAGAAAGAURAAUCUAGCAGMGGGGAUGAGGGCAAACCAUGGAAGGACAGAGGAAACAAGAUGGAAUGGAAGGAGAAGAGUGAGAAAAAAGACUGGAAGGUGGAGAAAGAUUKGAAAAAGGAAAAACCUGAAAGAUGGAGUGAUAGCAAGGAGUGGAAAAAAGGCAAGGGUGACCGGAAGGGRAAAGAGGAGAAAAAUCAAAAGAAAGGAGGUUGGGUUGAGUGGAAGGGAGAGAAGAAUGGGAAAGAGGACACAAAUCGAAGAAAAGGAGGUUGGAAUGAGGGCAGGGAUGAGUGGAAGGGAGAGAAGAAUGGGAAUGAGGACAAAAAUCGAAGAAAAGGAGGUUGGAAUGAGGGCAGGGAUGCGUGGAAGGGAGAGGAGAAAAAUCGAAGAAAAGGAGGUUAUAAUAAGGGCAGAGAUGAGUGGAAGGGAGAGAAGGAGUGGAAGAACGACAAGGAUGACUAUAAGGACCUUGGCAAAGGAUGGAAGGAGAGAGGAGAGAAAAAGGAGUGGAAGGGAGAGAAAGAUUGGACAAAGAAAGACGUCAGUAAAGAGUGGAAGAGUAAGGACAACAGGAGAGAAAAUGAGUGGUCUGAUGGAAAUAGAAAGAUGGAAGGCUUGAAGGAGAGAAACGGUGGAAACUGGGAAAAGGACAGAGGGAAUGACAAGUACGAGAAGGACCACCACCACUACUCUAAGGAAGGGCAGAAAGAGAAAGAGAGGAGAAAGAGAGAAAAGGGCCCACCCCAAACCCACCGCAGACCCCCCCUUGAGCAACCUGACUACUGGAGUCACCAGAGAGAACGACUGCAGCACAAACCCAACCCUCAAACCCACUGCAGUUCAGUGGAGGCCUGCGCCCAGGCAGAGGGGCUGCUCCCUGUCACCAUGCCGGAGUUUGAGGCCCUGCUCCUGGGUUACCUGGUCAAGGCAGAGAGGGUGGGGGUGGAGGCCUCCAAGAGGGAGGAGCUCAGUAAGCUAACCAAGGAGUUCUUCAGUGACGGAGUGUUCGUUCAUGACCAGAUGAGCUUCAAGGACUUUGUGGAGGAUGUGGAUGACAUCUUAGAGGAUAUGGUGGAGGAUGAGGAGGUAGAGGAGGAGAUGGAUGACUUUGAGGAAGAAGCCAUGAACAGGUUUUCAGUUCCAGGGGGAGGAGAGAGGGAGAAGUGGAGGAAGGAGAGUGGGAGAGGACSGGUGUGAUGGAGUGAGAAAGGGAGUCAACGCAUGUCAGGAGGAGCGGAAAGAUGGAGGUGGAGGAAAAUAGAUGGAUGUGCUGCAAGGUAGAAUUUAGGAGGAGCAACACACACAUACAUAUAUAUACUACCACCGUAGAGUUUGGGGUCAUUUAGAAAUGUCCUUGUUUUUGAAAGAA